CUGUCAGCUGGGGGUCCUAGUGUGUUGUCAUUGGGCGAGUGACCGCCGCUUGCGGGGAGACGAUGGCACAUCGCGGGCUUUGGGUGCGGCUCCUCCUUGCAGCAAAGCGGAGUGGAGUGAGACACUGCUACAGCGGCUCAAGGCAAAACCUCUACAUAGACAAAACAACAAAGGUCAUUUGCCAGGGUUUUACUGGGAAGCAGGGAACCUUCCAUAGCCAACAGGCUUUGGAAUAUGGCACUAACCUUGUAGGAGGAGUGUCACCUGGGAAAGGGGGUAAAAGCCACUUGAAUUUGCCUGUCUUCAACUCUGUUAAAGAGGCCAGAGAAAACACAGGAGCUGAUGCAUCUGUUAUCUAUGUCCCUCCCCCCUUUGCUGCUGCUGCUAUUCUGGAGUCGAUAGAUGCUGAGAUACCACUGGUGGUCUGCAUCACUGAAGGAAUUCCACAGCAGGACAUGGUACGCGUGAAACAUCGACUUAUUCGUCAGAAUAAGACUCGCCUCAUUGGUCCCAACUGUCCAGGAGUGAUCAAUCCUGGAGAGUGUAAAAUUGGAAUCAUGCCUGGGCACAUCCAUAUGAAAGGUCGAAUUGGUAUUGUUUCAAGAUCUGGUACGCUAACGUAUGAAGCAGUUCACCAGACGACACAGGUUGGCCUGGGCCAGUCUCUCUGUAUUGGUAUUGGUGGAGAUCCUUUCAAUGGAACAGACUUCAUUGAUUGCCUUGAUGUCUUCCUGAAGGAUCCCAAAACAGAAGGCAUUAUUCUCAUUGGAGAGAUUGGUGGAAACGCAGAGGAGAACGCAGCAGAUUUUUUGACACAGCGCAACACGGGGCCCAAUGCCAAGCCGGUGGUCUCAUUCAUUGCUGGUCUUACGGCGCCACCAGGUCGGAGAAUGGGCCACGCCGGGGCCAUCAUCGCUGGAGGUAAAGGUGGAGCCAAGGAGAAGAUUGCUGCCCUUCAGCAGGCUGGUGUGGUCGUCAGCAUGUCCCCUGCCCAACUGGGCAGCACCAUACAGAAGGAAUUUGAGAAGAGGAAACUGCUGUAAAUAUCCCCAAAAUAAGUCUUUUUAACAAGAGAAAGCAACUUCUUGCACAGCUCAGUGCCUAAAUCAUCCAUCUCACUGUUUCAAUCAUCUGGAUGAAAUGACUGAAUCUAUAUUAAAACAGAACAGAGCCAUAUACAUAUGUUAUGUCUAUUUUGUCUGAAUCUGUACACUAGAUGAAGCGCCCACAAAGAAAAUAAAUACUUUCAAAAAACAAA